AACGGCCCAAAAAACCGAAGUGCAAAACCAUUCACGAGGCCGUCAAAACAGGGAACAUCAAACAGCUAGACGAAAUAGUGACCUUCGGCGUCAGCGUCAACGAGGUGGAUCCAGUCUAUAAGUUCACCCCUCUGCACUGGGCAGCCCAUUCUGGGAGUUUGGAGUGUCUUCACUGGCUUCUCUGGCACGGAGCUGAUCAGACUGCGGUGACGGUAAGAGGCUGGACUGCAGCUCAUUUGGCUGCCAUUCGAGGUCAGGAUGCCUGCAUGCAGGCCCUUCAUCUCAAUGCCGUGAAUCUAGGACUCCCAGAUGACUUAGGAUGCACUCCAGCACAUCUGGCAGCGACCCACGGACAUUCAUUCACUUUACAAACCAUACUCCGGAGCGGAGUG